UGUUUAUGAAAUGUGUGAGCGACACAUUUGCCCAACAGAAAAUAGGACACGAGACGUCCAUGUUUUCAUAAGUUAUUUGGUGUAGGGGUGUGUUUGUAUUAAGACAGGUAUGAAUGCUUUAUGGAUUAAAAACAGUGUCUUCGGUAAUAUUUUGAUCAGUACUAUGGGAAAAUGUCCCUAUAUGAUGACCUGGGAGUUGAGACCAGUGAUUCAAAAACUGAAGGCUGGUCCAAAAACUUCAAACUGCUUCAGUCCCAGCUUCAAGUGAAGAAAGCAGCACUCACACAGGCAAAGAGUCAGCGCACAAAGCAGAGCUCUGUCCUCGCCCCAGUGAUUGAUUUGAAGAGAGGCAGCUCCAGUGAUGACAGACAGAUUCAGGAUACUCCUCCACACAUAGCUGCUGGAUUAAAGGACCCAGUGCCAAGUGGAUUCUCAUCAGGAGAGGUGUUGAUCCCCUUAGCUGAUGAAUAUGACCCUAUGUUUCCCAACGACUACGAGAAGGUUGUUAAACGGCACCGAGAGGAGAGGCAGAGACAGAGAGAGCUGGAGAGACAGAAAGAGAUUGAAGAGAGAGAAAAGAGGCGGAAAGACAGACAUGAAGCAACUCCCACUGGAUUCUCCAGGAGGCCAGAUCCUGAAUCUGACGAAGAUGAGGACUUUGAAAGAGAAAGACAGAAAAGAGUAGGUAUGGGAAGAGCAGCAAUCGCACCACCAACAUCCCUGGUUGAAAAGGACAGAGAACUUAUUGCUGCAACAUAUCCAUAUGAAGAAGAGGCCAGGCCUCGUAUUCCCUCUUCUAAAGCAGCAAUCCCUCCUCCAAUGUAUGAUGAACCAGAGAGACCCCGCUCACCACCAGGGCCCACCAAUUCCUUUCUUGCUAACAUGGGAGGCACUGUUGCCCACAAAAUCAUGCAGAAAUAUGGUUUCCGAGAGGGUCAAGGUCUUGGAAAACAUGAACAGGGUCUGAGUACUGCCCUCUCUGUAGAGAAAACGAGCAAGAGAGGAGGAAAGAUCAUCGUCGGGGAUGCUGCAGACAAGUCAGCAGCAGCAAGUCAGCCCAUAGUGCCUGUGAGCGAAAUGAACAUGUGGAACACAGUGGAUACAUCAAAAAAAGCGGAUGGCAACCCAUUAACAGAGAUCCUGAAGUGUCCUACAAAAGUUGUGUUACUGAGGAAUAUGGUGGGCAGUGGAGAAGUGGAUGAAGACCUGGAAGGUGAAACCAAGGAGGAAUGUGAAAAAUAUGGCAAAGUUGUGAAAUGCGUUAUUUUCGAGAUUCCUGGAGUAAAUGAUGAUGCAGCUGUAAGAAUAUUCUUAGAAUUUGAAAGGGUGGAGUCUGCCAUAAAAGCUGUCGUUGACUUAAAUGGAAGAUACUUUGGAGGACGUGUGGUCAAAGCAUGUUUCUACAACCUGGAUAAAUUUAGAGUCUUGGACCUUGGUGAACAGAUGUGAGCAAUGAAGACCAUUUCCAUUUAGCAGUCUGUUGCUUAUUUUACACCAUGAAACUCGAUACAUUUUAUAUGGACUAUCCAAAGCUUGGAAGGAAGAGGUGGAAAAACCUGAAAAGAACUCUAAUGGUAGUUUUUAUGAUUUUUUUCUACCAGUACAAGUAAUUAUUACUUUUUUUUUUGGUAGCUUUGAAGUUUCGUGUUGUGAUCAGUUUUUCAAUUUGUUUUUUUUGUUUUUUUAUUAUAAAAAGGUGGAGCAAACAUGUGCUGUUUAUCUUGAUUUCGCUUUGUAAAACAAAUAUAUCCCAGCAAACAAAUGUGAAAAACAUAAUUGAACUGUAACAUCUGGUGAUUUAUAAAUAAAAUGCAUUCAAUAUUGUCAAAGUUGGAAUUCAAAAGUGUAACAAUAAAGAUCUGGGUUUUUUUUUUUCA